AUGGUGUCUGAAGUAGAGAUGUCCAUUCUCAGUGUUCAUCACCUCUCCGUUCCCAAAACCGCCAUCCUACCCAAUGAAAAGCCCUUCUUUUCCUUCUUCGACUCUGGGUUGGUUGUUGCGAGUAUUGAGUUUGUUCCAACCAUUCGUUCUGGUAGCCACACAGACAAAGGACAUCGUCAAUUCAACGAAGACGAACACAUCCUAAUCGACCAUCUCUCUACCCAAUUACCCUCUCUCUUCCUCUCUCCAUCACCGACUUCUUUCUACGCCGUCUUCGAUGGACACGGCGGUUCCAACGCUGCAUCUUCUUAUCUCAAACAGAAUUAUACAAAACUCUUCUUCCAAGAAGCCAAUUUUCCCCAGAAACCCCAAGAGUUGGAAGACUAUCACCGCAAAGCUUUUCUAAGUGCCGCCGCCGAAUCCGGUUCCUCCACCAAACCUCACCGCCGCUCAAGGAGUCUCAGUUGCUUCUCCCGGCUCCUUCCGGACCCCCCUAAAUUCGCCGAUGCUCCGAGAGGAAGAUUCAUCAAUCAUCACAAGAGUAGGUGA